AUGGCUGCACUACAAAGCCCAGACACCAAAGCCAGUUCCUCACGCAAGCGACAAUCCUCACAGAGUGUAGACCACCACUCUGCACCCAAACAACAAAAGAAUGCCCAUCGGUGCUUCCCACCUGCAAUCUUCUGGGACCAGCUUUCUGAGAUUCCACUUACGAAAAACGCACUGCGUGAAUUGGAAAGGAGAGCAGCUCUUGAGAGGUCUGAUGACCUAGUGCAGGAUCAAAAUACUACGGAAAGCGUUACUAGAAACGACAACGAUCGGGUGAAACAACCUAGUUCGGUCAAAUUAGAGCUCUCGUCGAGUGAACUCAACGAAAUCCAGCGUUCCACAAAGCACGGCGGUCCUAAUCUAUCCGCCUUGAGAGAUCACCGGGCACUACUUGAAGUCGACAAGAACCUGUCAACUCGUCGUUACGGUUCUACAGAAGGUUACUCAACAACCCCAGAGCAAAGUGACUGCACUGAAACAUCGGAAACCAUGGGACAGUACGACAGUGCGUUCGAGAAGCACCUAAUUGAUCACCACAUCCUACCGGAUGAGUAUGAGUAUGCAGAUGGCCAAUUCCCCCCGGAGCCUGAAGGAGAGAUUGCAGACAGAAACUGUGUGGCUGGAGGCAUUCCGUUCACAAACUUUGACGACUUGACCGAUGGGACGCUCGCCGCUGGCAAUCCUAGCUUUUUCUACGGCGCACGCCGAGAACAACUGGACCAGAAUGUUCGCAACCAACUAGACGUGCUAAUAUCCCCUUCUACGUAGCACGAUCUCCCAAUUAUACCAAAUUUCUUUCUUCAGGUAAAGGGAUCUAGCGGUGAUUCGGAUGUUGCGCUACGAAAAGCGUGCUAUAAUGGUGCUCUAGGCGCAAGAGCUAUACACGCCCUUCAAUCGUACGGACAUCCUACACCGAUUUACGACAAUAACGCGUAUAUUUUGACGUCAAUAUACCACGCGGGCGCGCUCAUGAUGUUUACUGUUCAUCCUUUGCCACCAGGAUCAGAUCAUCCACCCGGUUUUGUCAUGACACAAGUCAAUUCCUGGAGCUUGAUGGGGAAUUUCG